UAUUUUGUUUUAGUCCCGUUUCCCUCCAUGGUUUCUCCUCUCCGCGGGUAACUUGGCGUUUGGCUCAGUUCAUUAUACAGUCCCAUAUUCUUCCUCCAUUAGGGCAUCUCUCUGCCUUUGCACUGAAUAUAAAUUACACCGACACCCAAGAGAAAAGUUCAACUUUCGUAGGGCGAGAUGGACAUGAAGAAGAGGAUCCACUUGGAACUAAGAAACAGGACCCCAUCUGAUGUACGAGAACUUGUCCUGGAUAACUGCAGAUCAAAUGAAGGGAAAAUCGAAGGUCUGACAGCAGAAUUCGUCAAUCUGGAAUUCCUCAGUUUGAUUAACGUUGGCUUAAUCUCAGUCUCCAACCUUCCCAAACUUGGGAAACUCAAAAAGUUGGAACUCAGCGACAACAGAAUCUCUGGUGGCCUUGACGUGUUAGCAGAGAAACUCCCCAACCUCACACAUCUAAAUCUAAGCGGAAACAAACUGAAAGACAUCAGCACGUUGGAACCUUUGAAAAAGCUGGAUGGCCUGAAGUCUCUCGACUUGUUCAACUGUGAGGUGACCAACCUGAACGACUACAGGGAGAGUGUGUUCAAGCUGCUCCCUCAGCUCACCUACCUGGACGGGUACGACGUGGAGGACCGAGAGGCAUCCGACUCGGACGGAGAGGUCGACGGUGUGGACGAUGAUGAUGAUGAGGAAGAUGAGGAGGGAGAGGAGGAAGACUUGGAUGAGGAGGAUGAUGAUGAUGAAGAGGGAGUAGAAGGAGAGGAGGAAGAUGAGGUCAGCGGAGAUGAGGAGGAGGAAGACCUUGGCAUUGAAGGUGAAGUUGAAGAUGAGGAUGAUGAGGACGACGACGAAGAGGAAGUUGAGGCUGUCAAAGGCGAGAAGAGAAAGCGAGAACCCGAUGAUGAAGAUGACGAUGAUGAUGACGACGAGGACGACGAUUAAGAGCAAAAAACAAGAGCCUGUCAAGUUACCAACCCCUUCCCUCUCCACCCUUACACCCUGCCUACGCCACGCCUCUCCUCUCUCCCCCCCAGCUUUUGAGUCCCCGUGUGGGGAAAGACUGUACCGGAUGGGUGGUCCGAGUGGAGCUGCCUGCUCCCGAUGG